UGCGGCUUCUAUGGGAUGUACGAGAAGAUCCUGCUGUUCCGCCAUGACCCGGCGUCGGAGAACGUGCUGCAGCUGCUGCGCUCGGCCGCUCAGAUCCAGGAGGGAGACCUGGUGGAGGCCGUGCUGUCAGCUUCAGCCACGGUGGAGGAUUUCCAGAUCCGUCCCCACUGUCUGUUCGUCCACUCGUACCGAGCGCCGGCCUUCUGCGACCACUGUGGAGAGAUGCUGUGGGGACUCGUACGCCAGGGACUCAAGUGUGAAGGCUGUGGUCUGAACUAUCACAAGCGCUGUGCCUUUAAGAUCCCGAAUAACUGCAGCGGCGUGCGGCGGCGGCGGCCGUCCAACAUCUCCCUGACGGGGGGGCUGAUCAACAUGGGCCGGCCCCUCUCUGCGGAGCCCUCCCCUCCUCACUACACCGACGAGGCUUUACUGUCUCCUGUCAGUCCCAGCAUGGAGCAGAAGAACCAGUUGGAGUACUUCCCCAGCAGAGAGCGUCGAUCCAGCUCCCAGUCGUACAUCGGCCGCCCCAUCGAACUGGACAAGAUCUUUCUGUCGAAGGUCAAAGUUCCUCACACCUUCCUCAUCCACUCGUACACCCGCCCCACCGUCUGCCAGCACUGCAAGAAGCUGCUGAAAGGCCUCUUCAGACAGGGACAGCAGUGCAAAGAUUGUAAAUUCAACUGUCACAAACGAUGUGCUCCCAAAGUGCCGAACAACUGCCUCGGAGAAGUCGCUAAGAACGGAGACCUCCUUAGCCCGGGGGCGGAGUCAGACGUCAUCAUGGCGGAGGGUUGCCUGGACGACCACGACAUCGACAGGGGCGGCGGCCUGUUAGACGACAUGGAUGAAGCACUGACAUCGGAGGGGGGUCUGCUGCUGGACACGGGGCCAAGUGACCUCUGCGACCUUCAUGACCCCGACCUGGACGAGUCCAACCGGGCCAUCAGCCCGUCCACCAGUAACAACAUCCCUCUGAUGCGAGUUGUUCAGUCCGUCAAACACACAAAGAGGAAGACCAGCAACGUGAUGAAGGAGGGUUGGAUGGUCCACUGCACCAGCAAAGACACUAUGAGGAAAAGACAUUACUGGCGGUUGGACAGUAAAUGCAUCACGUUGUUUCAGAACGACACCGGGAGUAAAUACUUUAAGGAGAUCCCUCUGUCAGAGAUCUUGUCUCUGGAACCGGCCCGGACCGUCUCUCUGCUCCCUGAUGGCUCCAACCCUCACUGCUUCGAGAUCACCACGGCGUCGCUGGUUUACUUCGUGGGCGAGAACCUGCUGAGGGCGGAGUCGAGCGUUAGCGGCAGCAGCGUUCUGGUCAGCGGCGUGGGACAGGAUGUGGCUCGGAAGUGGGAGACGGCCAUUCAGCACGCUCUGAUGCCGGCGGUCUCCACAGGCGUGUCUCAUGGUUCUCACCACAGCGGACACAAGGAAGUUUCCAUCAGCAUUUCAGUGUCUAACUGUCAGAUCCAGGAGAACGUGGACAUCAACUCCGUGUAUCAGAUCUUCCCGGACGAGGUUCUCGGCUCGGGACAGUUUGGAAUCGUCUACGGAGGUAAACACAGGAAGUCCGGCCGGGACGUGGCCAUCAAGAUCAUCGACAAACUGCGUUUCCCCACAAAACAGGAGAGUCAGCUGCGCAACGAGGUGGCCAUACUGCAGAGCCUGCACCACCCGGGCGUGGUCAACCUGGACUGCAUGUUCGAGACGCCGGAGCGGGUGUUCGUGGUCAUGGAGAAGCUCCACGGAGACAUGCUGGAGAUGAUCCUGUCCAGUGAGAAGGGACGGCUGCCGGAGAGGGUCGCCAGGUUCCUGGUCACGCAGAUCCUCGUGGCUCUGCGUCACCUCCACAUCAAGAACAUCGUCCACUGUGACCUGAAGCCUGAGAACGUCCUGCUGGCGUCUGCUGACUCCUUCCCACAGGUGAAACUUUGUGACUUUGGCUUCGCUCGGAUCAUCGGGGAGAAGUCCUUCCGGCGCUCGGUGGUCGGCACGCCGGCGUACCUCGCCCCCGAGGUGCUGAGGAACAAAGGCUACAACCGCUCGCUGGACAUGUGGUCGGUCGGAGUCAUCAUCUACGUCAGCCUCAGCGGGACGUUUCCGUUCAACGAAGACGAAGACAUCAACGAUCAGAUCCAGAACGCCGCCUUCAUGUACCCUCCUCACCCCUGGAAGAAGAUCUCCCAGGAAGUGAUUGACCUGAUUACCAACCUGCUGCAGGUGAAGAUGAGGAAGAGAUACAGCGUGGAUAAGACCCUCAGUCACCCCUGGCUCCAGGACUACCAGAUGUGGCUGGACCUGAGGAACCUGGAGUCCCGGAUGAACGAGCGCUACAUCACCCACGAGAGCGACGACCUGCGCUGGCUCCACCACGCCCAGCUCAGCGGCCUCGACUUCCCGCUGCACCUGAGCAACGGCCCACGCAGCGCCGCCAACGCCCACGGGCUGGAACGCCACCAGGAGCAGGAGGAGCUGGAGACUCUCAGCGAGAGGGUCAGCGACCUCUGA